UCCGCCGCAUCCUUUGUGCGGACCCUGGAGUUUCGCUGCGGAGCGGCCGGACGAGAUGUGGACGCUGCGGGAGCUUUUUCUUCCUGCCUAAAUUCUUGAAACAAUGGACUGUUAGGGGAGCAUGGAUUGAGGGGGAGGCGAGCGGGGAAGCGAGCCGCCCGGGGAAUCAUGACUUCUGCCGCCGAGAUUAAGAAGCCACCACUGGCCCCCAAACCAAAGUUUGUGGCAAAUAAUAAGUCAACUCCACCUCCUAUUGCACCCAAACCUGAUAUUGUGAUUUCUAGUGUUCCACAGUCAACAAAGAAAACCAAACCAGCAAUAGCCCCGAAACCAAAAGUUCUGAAGAGCUCACCUGUUUGUGACAUCAGGCAGUCACCAUCAAGGAAAAUCAUCGUGAAUCUGGAAGAACAUAAACAGGAAUUACCUGAAAGUGCUGACAGCUCUACUUGCAAAAAGGUAGGGCAUUCGAGCAGUGGUUAUAUUGUACCAAUGUGUUCCUGCAGUUCUGAGUGUAUCCAUAAGCUUGGGAAUAGAGAGAAUUUGUGUGUAAAGCAACUUGUCUUAGAGUCCCUAGAAAUGCCUGAAAAUUUAGAAAAUAGUAAAAUUGAUGAGUCUUCUUCAGCUAUAAAAACAAUGAGUAGAAGUGAUUCUAAUGGUGAAGUGGUCAAGAGCCAGAGUAGAGUUGUUUUAAAGGUAAGCAUCCUAGAAGAGAAGUUUAAAGAUGUUUUACGAACAUCACCCUUUAUUUCCCCACAGAAGCACACAUCCACAGACAACCCAGAAACGAAUGAGGGCUGUAACUCCAACGGACAGUUCAGAAUUGAUUUUGCAGACUUGACACCUUCCCAGUCCAGCUUUGAAAAGGUUCCUGAUCACUAUUGCUGCCUACAACUUCCUAUCGAUGAACUUCGGAAUUUUGAAACUUGUCAGGAUGACAGUGAAAAAAGCAAUAUUUGCUUUCAUUCAUCUGAACAAGAAGCUCUGGCAAAUGGUAAAAGGAGUGCUUUUUUAUAUUCAGAUGGAGUUAGUAAGAACUCUGAAGUCAAAGAACUUGGUCCCUUAGAAGUUCACUUAGUAUCGUGUACUUCAAAAUUUCCAACUCCCAAGCCCAGAAAGACACGUGCUGCACGGCUGUUACGUCAAGAGCACGUAGAUACUCCUAGUGAAAGUACUGAAAAACCAGAGAAUUUAGACAGUAGCUCUUCUUGUCUUUUUGAAGAUAGUUUGAAAAACAAUGAAGUCAUUUAUCAGAAUGUUUUGUAUAACCAGGAACAGGUGGGCAAAGUGAAACCAGGAAACAAAAGUGAAUUGAAUGUGGACUCUAAUAGUGACAGACAAAACUUAGUUGAUUCCCAGAGAGCCAUGUGUCAUGAAACAUCUUCCUCUGAAAAAAUGACACCUUCUUUGGAUACAGAUUCUAAUUUGAGUCCUGACAGCAAGACAGUAGAUGAUUCUAGUAUGUCACCUGCUGUGGACAAACCGACCAGUUUUAUAAGAUGCAGUACUGUAUCUAUGAGCCUGCCUAAGCAGCUGAAAUUAGCUUGCAACAAACGUUUACCUGUGGCCUGUAACUUGGGAGGGGCUGUCCCUCAAAUGCAAAAGGAAUCUACAAUGAAAGAUGGAAGUUCCUCAAAAAUUGUCCCCAAAAAACCUCAAAGACACAGCUUGCCUGCUGCAGGAAUGCUUAAAAAGGCUGCCUCAGAGGAGCUUAUGGAGAAAAGUUCAUAUUCCUCAAAUGAAGAAAAAAAGGAUCCAGAAAGAAAUCACCUUCGACAGUUGUGUGCCGAAAACCAUGGUAUGUCGUCCUCCUUUGAGAUGUCCAAAAGGACUUCAGAAAAGCCAGUGUGGAAAUUACCUCAUCCUAUUUUACCCUUUAAAGGGAACCCAGAAUCCUUAAAGUCUAUCACCACAUCCUCAAAUAGUGAGCCUUCAAACGCCCUGACCAAGCCUAGAGCAAAAUCACUGUCUGCUGUGGAUAUGGAUAGGUGCACUAAGCCUUGCAAAGAUUCUCAAAGGAAACACUCUUUAAAGAAGUUGCUCAGUAUGAAGCUGUCCGUCUGUUUCAUGAAGAGUGACUUCCAGAAAUUUUGGUCCAAGAGUAGCCAACUUGAAGGCACAACUGCUGGCAGACUCUCAGGUGGAGAGGGAAAAGGGAUUGAAAGUGAUUGGCAUGGCUUAUUAGUAGAAGAGAAGAGAAAUAAACCCAUCAAGUCAUAUUCUGCAGAUAACGACAGUCUGGAAUCUCAAAAGAAGAGGAAGAAGUCUCGGGGCCAGAGCAGUGCAACUAAUGGACCAAGAGCUGAGUCUUUGGAUGACCAAAUGCUCUCUAGGGAGACAACAUCUCAGGCGCCUUGCAAAUCUGUUACAAGUGACUAUGCACCAGAUUAUGAAAAUGUCCGCCAUUAUGAGGAAAUACCAGAGUAUGAGAACUUUCCACUUGCUAUGGCUGUCGGGAAAACUCUAGAGUUGGAAAGGCAGAAUUCCAGCAGCAUGGAGGACACUGAUGCAAAUGUGUAUGAGAUAGAAGACCUGUAUGAAGCUUCAGAUGGCCAGCUGCAACUUGGACCUAUACAGCAGCAUUCCAGUUGUGGAGCAUCCCAGGAGGUACACAGUGAUGUGGACCUUGGUCUUGGUGACCUUCCUUCAGAUGAAGAGGAAGUCAUCAACAGUUCUGAUGAAGACGAUGUCAGCUCUGAUUCUAGCAAAGGGGAGCCUGACCUGCUGGGAGAUAAACAGGAUGAAGAUACUGGAAUAAAAAGUAAAGUCCAUUAUAUUGCCAAGGAGAUCAUGAGCUCAGAGAAAGUGUUUGUGGAUGUGUUAAAACUUUUGCAUAUCGAUUUCCGAGAUGCUGUUGCCCAUGCUUCCAGACAACUUGGGAAACCAGUGAUUGAGGACCGGAUCCUAAAUCAGAUCCUAUACUACUUGCCUCAGCUGUACGAGCUCAACCGGGAUCUCCUGAAGGAACUAGAGGAGAGAGUGUCGAACUGGACAGAACAACAAAGAAUUGCUGAUAUCUUUGUAAAGAAGGGGCCAUAUCUAAAAAUGUAUUCCACAUACAUCAAAGAAUUUGAUAAGAAUAUAGCUUUGCUGGAUGAGCAGUGCAAGAAAAACCCAGGUUUUGCUGUUGUUGUUAGAGAAUUUGAGAUGAGCCCACGCUGUGCUAAUCUGGCCCUCAAGCACUACCUGCUCAAGCCAGUUCAGAGGAUCCCCCAGUACAGGCUGCUGCUAACAGAUUAUUUGAAAAAUCUUUUAGAAGACUCCGGAGAUUACAGAGACACUCAAGAUGCCCUUGCUGUUGUUAUAGAGGUAGCCAACCACGCCAAUGACACCAUGAAGCAAGGAGACAACUUCCAAAAACUUAUGCAAAUUCAGUACAGCUUAAAUGGACACCAUGAAAUCGUGCAGCCUGGACGGGUUUUUCUCAAAGAAGGAACUCUGAUGAAGCUGUCUCGGAAAGACAUGCAGCCCCGAGUGUUCUUCCUGUUUAAUGAUGCCCUAUUGUAUACAACACCGGUACAGUCUGGGAUGUAUAAACUGAACAACAUGCUCUCAUUGGCUGGAAUGAAGGUAAAAAAACCUACCCAAGAAGCAUAUCAGAAUGAACUACAGAUUGAGAGUGUAGAACGUUCCUUCAUUCUCUCAGCCAGUUCUGCCACAGAAAGGGAUGAAUGGCUAGAAGCGAUUUCCAGGUCAAUAGAAGAGUAUGCCAAGAAAAGAAUCACAUUCUGCCCUAGUAGGAGUCUUGAUGAGGCAGACUCAGAAAAUAAAGAGGAAGUUUGUCCCCUUGGAUCAAAGGCUCCUAUCUGGAUUCCUGAUACCAGAGCCACGAUGUGUAUGAUCUGCACAAGUGAAUUUACUCUGACCUGGAGACGACAUCACUGCCGGGCCUGCGGAAAGAUUGUAUGCCAAGCUUGUUCAUCAAAUAAGUGUGGCUUAGAUUACCUGAAAAAUCAACCAGCAAGAGUAUGUGAACAUUGUUUUCAAGAACUGCAGAAAUUAGAUCACCAGCACUCUCCUAAGAUUGGAUCUCCUGGAAAUCACAAAUCUUCAAGUGCCUUAUCAUCAGUCUUACAGAGUAUUCCCUCAGGGAGGAAACAGAAAAAAAUUCCAGCGGCUCUCAAAGAAGUAUCAGCAAAUACAGAAGAUUCUUCCAUGAGUGGCUAUUUGUACAGGUCAAAGGGCCAUAAGAAACCUUGGAAACACUUUUGGUUUGUCAUUAAAAAUAAAGUGCUGUAUACAUAUGCUGCAAGUGAGGAUGUGGCAGCUAUGGAGAGUCAACCUUUAUUAGGAUUCACUGUCACUCAAGUCAAAGAUGAGAAUUCAGAGUCUAGAGUAUUUCAAUUAUUGCAUAAAAACAUGGUAUUUUAUGUAUUCAAAGCAGAUGAUGCUCACUCAGCUCAGAAGUGGAUAGAAGCAUUUCAGGAAGGCACAAUAUUAUAGCAGUAUUGGUUUCAUCUCUUCUGUGAUUUCAAAAGGGUGGAAUUUCAUCAGAAUGGAGUAAAUACAGUAUAAAAAUUUAAUACAAGUGAACACUGCCACAAUAAAUGUAACCAAAAUCUUCAUCAAAUAUAAAAAAUUAUUUUGUUAGG